CUGCAACGCAGCGCAACAACAACAGCAGGACGAGCAGCGGAACAGUGUGGUUUGUGUUGUUGUUGGAACGACCAGGAGGAGGAUGAUGAUGCUUCGAGGCAGUGUGCGGCGGAUGACCAUCCAGGCAGCCGCGUACCCGCGAUUCAACGCCCUCACCAAAGUGUCUGCAAGCACAGCUGGGGAUGAAGUGCACUUUGUGACGGAGGAUGCCCUCAAGCGCAAGAUGGAAGGCAGCUCAAGCUUCAAUGCUGAGGAUGUCAAGAAAGAGAAGGUGUUCCGCGAAUACAAGGACGGAAAGCGCAUCUUUCAUUUCGUCGUCGACGAUUCCAAGAAGAAUACCAACGGUGGCAAAGACCUGGUUGCCGAGUACCGCAAGGCAGCAUGCAGCGCUGUGCAGCGCCUGACGUCCCUCAAGUCCACCGCUGCCUCAUUCUUCGUCGAGUGCGAGGACGAUGCGAAGAGCGAUGUUGGCAAGACGGUGCUGCAGUCGCUGAUGCUGGCCGGUUACUCUUUCGACAAGUACAUCACCGUCGAGGACAAGAAGCCUUCCUUCCUCCAGGACGUCAGCCUGCACGUCAACGGCUCCUCGUUCCAGGAUGCAGAGACCAUCGCAGCGAGCAAAGGAACGGUGCUUGCACGCGACCUGAUGAACGAGCGGGCAGAUGUGGCCAACCCAAAAGGAAUCCAUGAUGUGGCAGAGCGCGUGGCAGCAGACUUCAACCUCAACUGCCACAGCAUUGUUGGCAUCCCAGCCCUCGAUCACGAGCGCAUGCACCUCAUGUCAGCUGUUGGCCAAGGGUCCCGGUUUGAGCCGCGUCUUGUCUGCCUCGAGCACAUGCGCGGGCCCACCGACGCGCCACCCGUCGUCCUCGUUGGAAAGGGCAUCACGUUUGACACGGGAGGCCUGAACCUGAAGCCAACCAACUUCAUUGAGACGAUGCACUACGAUAUGGGCGGCACUGCCGCUGUUCUCGGCACCAUGCGCGCAAUUGCAGACCUCAACCUCCCCAUCAACGUUGUUGGUGUUCUGGCGUUGGCGGAGAAUGCAAUUGGCUCCGGCGCGUACAAACCCAUGGCAGUCAUCCAAUCCAGAAGCGGCAAGACGGUUGAGGUUGGCAACACGGAUGCCGAAGGCCGCCUUGUCCUUGCAGACGCGUUGACGUAUGCACAGGACCGCUACAAGCCGACCACAGUUGUGGAUGUUGCCACACUUACAGGCGCGUGUGUUGUUGCGCUUGGCCCCUAUGGCGCUGGCCUGUUCACCAACAAUGACGACCUUCAAUCCUCGCUCGUCACUGCGGGCUCCUCUGUCUUUGAGCGCGUGUGGCCGCUGCCCAUCUUCCCCGAGCACAGGGAGGAGCUCAAGGGCGCCUUCGCAGACAUCAACAGCACGGGCACGAGCCGGUAUGGCGGGGCGAGCACGGCUGCUGCCUUCCUUGAGAGCUUCAUCCAGGACUCCGUUCACUGGGCACACGUGGAUAUUGCCGGGCCAUCAGACUACUCAAAGGCCUCUGGACCGUUCAACGCCGGCGGCACCGGGUUUGGCACGCAGCUGCUCACGCGCUAUCUUGCGGCGACAGCCGCCGCCUGAGGCGUGCAGGGAUGCCGAUGAUGAUGAUGACGAUGAUGAUGAUGAUGAUGAUGAUGAUGAUGAUGAUGAUGAUGAUGAUGAUGAUGAUGAUGAUGAUGGCUGUGAUGAGUGACGGUGAUGGCAAUGGUGGUGAUGCUGCUGUCGUGCUGGUGGUCAUACAACCAUAAAAACACAAAGACAAGA